UUGUCUGCAUUUCUACUGACGGUUCUAUAGGUACGGGCGCACAUGAACAACCCAGUUGCAUGGCAGCUCUGGGACACCGAAGCCAUCGAGUUGGCUAAGCACCACAACCGGUUGAUCUUUCUAAGCAUCGGGUAUUCGGCAUGUCACUGUAAGCCGGCCUCUUGCUUCCGUGCUCGAACUCACUGGCCCUCAGAGCGAUUAACUUUCAAUAGGGUGCCACGUAAUGGAAAAAGAGUCCUUCAUGUCACAUGAGGUGGCUUCGGUACUGAAUGAGUCGUUCAUUCCGAUUAAGGUGGAUCGAGAGGAGAGACCUGAUGUUGACGAUGUGUACAUGAACUAUGUUCAGGCAACAACCGGCUCAGGAGGCUGGCCCUUGAAUGUUUUUCUCACUCCAGAUCUGGAGCCUGUUUUUGGCGGAACUUACUGGCCGGGUCCCAACUCCUCGACUCUGACUGGAAAUGAGACAAUUGGAUUCGUCGAAAUUCUUGAGAAGCUCCGCGAUGUGUGGCAGACGCAACAGCAGAGGUGCUUGGAGAGUGCUAAGGAGAUCACCAAACAGCUCCGAGAAUUCGCAGAAGAAGGCACACAUUCCUACCAAGGGGAUCGACAAGCGGACGAGGACCUGGACAUUGAACUGUUGGAGGAGGCCUAUCAGCAUUUUGCUUCCCGAUACGAUCCUGUACAUGGCGGCUUUUCCGCGGCACCCAAAUUCCCAACGCCGUCCAACCUGGCUUUCUUGUUACGUCUUGGUAUUUAUCCAACUGCAGUCUCGGAUAUUGUCGGAAAGGCCGAAUGCGAGCAGGCGACCGCCAUGGCAGUCAAUACACUAAUCAGCAUGGCCCGUGGAGGUAUUCGAGAUCAUAUUGGACAUGGUUUCGCGCGGUACAGUGUCACUGCCGACUGGGGAUUGCCUCAUUUUGAAAAGAUGCUAUACGACCAAGCGCAGCUGUUGGAUGCAUUCGUAGAUGCAUUCAAGCUCACUCAUAAUCCGGAAUUAUUGGGGGCUGUAUUUGACUUGGUCACCUAUCUUACAUCUGCCCCUAUUCAGUCACCUGCAGGUGCUUUUCACUCAUCUGAAGACGCGGACAGUCUUCCAACACCGAAUGAUACCGAGAAGCGCGAGGGUGCAUUCUAUGUGUGGACGUUGAAGGAGCUGACCCAAGUACUGGGUCAGCGCGAUGCUGGGGUCUGUGCUCGACACUGGGGAGUUUUGCCCGAUGGCAACAUUCCGCCAGAGAAUGACCCGCAUGAUGAAUUUAUGAAUCAAAACGUGCUAUCAGUUAAGGUGACACCUAGCAAAUUAGCCAAGGAAUUCGGUCUCGGUGAAGACGAGGUGGUCAGGAUCAUCAAGUCUGCGAAGCAGAAAUUGUGCGAGUACAGAGAGAAGACCCGUGUACGUCCUGAUCUGGACGACAAGAUCAUUGUUGCCUGGAACGGACUUGCCAUUGGUGCGCUCGCCAAGUGCAGUGCGCUGUUCGAGGAGAUUGAAAGCUCAAAGGCCGAGCAUUGUAGGCAAGCCGCGGCCAAGGCAAUCAACUUUAUAAAAGAGAACCUGUUCGACAAGUCGACGGGACAACUAUGGCGCAUCUAUCGCGACGGCGCUAAGGGAACUACCCCUGGCUUUGCCGAUGACUAUGCGUACUUGAUUAGUGGGCUAUUGGACAUGUACGAGGCGACUUUCGACGACAGCUAUUUGCAAUUCGCCGAACAACUGCAGAAGUACCUUAACGAGAAUUUCCUCGCAUACGUUGGCUCAACAUCAGCAGGUUAUUAUAGCACCCCCUCCACCAUGACACCAGGCACGCCAGGCCCUCUCCUACGAUUGAAGACAGGCACAGAGUCAGCUACACCAUCCAUCAACGGCGUCAUUGCGCGGAAUCUGCUGCGUCUCUCGAGUCUCUUUGAAGAGGAGGAAUAUCGGGUCCUUGCCCGACAAACCUGCCGCUCCUUCUCCGUGGAGAUCUUGCAACACCCGUUUCUAUACGUAGGACUCCUGGAUGCCAUCGUCGGACUAGAGACGGGCACGCGGAACAUCACCGGUGUAUUUAGCACAGCAACCAUGCCGCAGGGACCGAGCAGUACACUAGCAUCAGAGGGCGCCACCAGUCGAAUGGAAGAACCGAUUGCCGUCCGCGAUCUUAUAGUGAAGAAGCUCCGUGCCGAAGCCGGCCCCACGUUAUCAACCGCUACCACGACCGUCUCUCUUGUGGAUAACAGACCGUCCCAUGUGGGGGAUUUUGUAGGAAACCAAUCUUUCUGGCUACGGACGCGCAACCCACUGUACAAAGAAUUGCGGCCGUCCCAGCCCCCCAAGAACCAUCUGAUGGUCUGCGAGACGGGCCGAUGCAGAAUAGUCGAUCUCUGAUAUAUAGUUCAUUGAAAACAAGGACCAAGAAUCGUGUUCAAACGUC